AUGAGUCUUGAGUCUGAACUCAGACUUGAGACUGUUUCCUAUAAUACAGCCAUUACAGGGACACCAAGUACAGUCUCCUUUACAGCAACUUCAGGGACACCAAGUACAGCCUCUAAUACAAUCACUACAGAGACAUCAAGCACAGCCUCUAAUACAGCCAUUACAGGGUCACCAAUAACAGCCUCUAAUACAGCAACAACAGGGAUACCAAGUACAGUCUCCUAUACAGCCACUACCAAGACACCAAGUAUAGCCUCUAAUACAGCCACUACAGGGACACCAAUGACAACAAGUACAGCAUCUAAUACAGCCACUACAUGGACACCAAGUACAGUUUCCACUAAAGCCACUACAGGGACACCAAGUACAGCCUCUAAUACAGCCACUACAGCCUCUAAUACAGCCACUGCAGGGACACCAAGUUCAGUCUCCAAUACAGCCACUACAGGAACACCAAGUACAGCAUCUAAUACAGCCAAUACAUCUAAUACAGCCACUACAGGGACACCAAGAAGAGACUCUAAUACAGCCACUACCGCCACUACAGGGACACCAAGUACAGCCUCUAAUACAACCACUUCAGCAUCUAAUACAGAAAAUACAGGGACACCAAGUAAAGUAUUCUAUGCAGCCACUACAGGGACACCAACCACUACAGGGACACCAAGAACAGCCACUAAAACAGCCACUACAGAGACACCAAGUGCAGCCUCUAAUACAGCCACUACAGGGACACCAAGUAGAGACUCUAAUACAACCACUGCAGGGACACCAAGUACAGCCUAUACAACAGCCACUACAAGGACACCAAGUACAGACUCUAAUACAGCCACUACAGAGACAACUUCAGGGACACCAAGUACAGCCUCUAAUACAAUCACUACAGAGACAUCAAGUACAGCCUCUAAUACAGCCAUUACAGGGACACCAAUAACAGCCUCUAAUACAGCCACAACAGGGACACCAAGGACAACAACAACAGCAUCUAAUACAGCCACUACAGGUACACCAAGUAAAACAGCCUCUAAUACAGCCACUACAGGGACACCAAGUACAGCCUCUAAUACAGCCACUACAGGGACACCAAGUACAGCCUCUAAUACAGCCACUACAGGGACACCAAGUACAGCCUCUAAUACAGCCACUACAGGGACACCAAUAACAGCCUCUGAUACAGCCACUACAGGGACACAAAUGACUACAGGCCCACCUAACACAGCCUCAACGGUUUUUCCCACUAUGAAGCCAAACUUAGAUCAAGUAGCUCUGCCAUGA